GUGAAGAACAUCUUUCCUUCAUUGUCCCCUUUCCUAUCUAAUCAAAGGUAAGCACUCGGAAAUAGUUUCAGAAGAGAGAGAAAGGGUAAGGAGAGCGAAUAUGCAAGCUCAAGUUAGCACCAGCAUGAAGAAGAUCCUCCUUGUUCUAAACUGUAUCCUACUUUCAAUAGGAAACUGUGGAGGUCCAUUGAUCAUGAGACUCUACUUUAUCCAUGGCGGCAAAAAAAUAUGGUUCUCUAGCUGGCUAACCACCGGUGGGUGGCCAAUCAUAAUAAUCCCCCUCCUCAUCGCCUACUUCCACCGCCGGAGCUCCACCACCACCACCAAGCUCUUCUUCAUGAAACCGAGGUUGUUCAUCUACACCGCCGUCGUUGGCCUCCUCACCGGCCUCGAUGACUACCUCUACUCCUACGGUGUCGCUCGCCUACCGGUUUCAACCAGUGCUCUCAUCAUCGCCACCCAGUUGGCUUUCACCGCCGGCUUUGCUUUCCUUCUCGUUAAGCAAAAAUUUACUUCUUAUUCGAUAAACGCCGUGAUUUUGCUGACGGUCGGAGCGGCGGUUUUGGCCCUUCACACGAGCAGUGACCGUCCGAAGGGAGAGUCUAACAAGGAGUAUAUUUUAGGGUUUAUGCUAACUCUUGUGGCGGCGGCGUUGUACGGGUUUGUUCUGCCAUUGAUUGAGUGGACGUACAUUAAGGCAAACCAAGCCAUUACCUACACUUUGGUGAUGGAGAUUCAGUUGGUUAUGUGUUUUUUCGCCACUCUUCUCUGCACCGUAGGCAUGCUUGUCAACAAUGACUUUCAGGCCAUUCCAAGGGAGGCAAGAGAGUUUGAACUGGGGGAAACGAAUUACUACGUGGUGGUGGUGUGGAGUGCCAUCAUAUGGCAAUGUUUCUUCAUGGGAGCAGUAGGAGUCAUCUUCUGUGCAUCGUCUUUGCUUUCCGGCAUCAUAAUCGCCGUUCUCCUUCCGGUGACGGAGGGGUUAGCCGUUAUAUUUUACCACGAAAAGUUUGGAGGAGAAAAGGGUGUUGCUCUUGGCCUCUCUGCCUGGGGCUUCGUUUCUUACUUCUAUGGUGAGAUAAAGCACAGCAAGAAAAAGAGUGAUGAAACUCCAGAAACAGAGAUGGCAGCUGAUACUACUGUUGUAAACGAUCAUGCCUGAUGAGCUGAAUAAGAUAUUGUUUAAGUUUAAUUCGUUUUACUAAAUGAGUUUUAAAAUUUUCUUAAGAUCUAUUUGAUUUAUAAAUUAGCGUAUUUCAAC